UCCAGUGCACAUGGAAAGGCAGAGGAGCAGCAACGGUCCGCGCUCACAAGAGGUAACGCGCUCAGGGAUUUUAUGCGUGAAGCCGCUAUAAGGUGAUUCUACGGGACGCGCUUUAUUCUCGGACUACAGCAGAAUGUUAUUGGAGGACGAAUGGACAUUUAAACAACUGCUCUACGUGUAGGGAUUUCACUGUGCAACAUCUAUAAACGGACACAAAUGUUCUCCACUGAUGAAAUGCACCCGGUGGAUGAGUUUUAAAGCUCUUUCUGCGCUGCUUUAGAUAGUUCGCACAUUGGAUUACAUAAACACUGCUGAAAUUAUUGCGGUUUAUGGAAACAGAGCUGAGAAGAAGAGAGCUGAAGUUGGAGAAGAGGGUCUCUGAAGCUGGACUGAGGGUCUGAAGGAUUUUACAAUCUCCUCCACUUUCAUGUGCGAAGUCUCUGGUUUAUGACAAUGGAUUAUUUGCUGUUUUUAUGCGGCUUUUUGCUGCCUCUGUCCUCGGCUGUUGAAGAAACACUCAUGGACACCAAAUGGGCCACCACUGAACUGGCAUGGACCUCACAACCUGAAACUGGGUGGGAGGAAGUAAGCGGUUAUGAUGAUGCCAUGAACCCCAUCCGAACAUACCAGGUGUGCAAUGUUCGUGAGCUCAACCAGAACAACUGGCUUCGCAGCGACUUCAUCCCCCGAAAGGAUGUUCUUCGUGUUUAUGUGGAGAUGAAGUUCACCGUACGAGAUUGCAACAGUAUUCCCAACAUUCCAGGAUCAUGUAAAGAGACCUUCAAUCUGUUCUACUAUGAGUCUGACUCGGAUUCAGCCACCGCCACCAGUCCGUUUUGGAUGGAGAACCCUUACGUUAAGGUGGACACCAUUGCUCCGGAUGAGAGCUUCUCUAUGUUGGAGUCUGGUCGGGUCAACACCAAGAUUCGCAGCUUUGGUCCACUUUCCAAAGCCGGCUUCUAUCUGGCUUUCCAGGACCUGGGCGCCUGCAUGUCUUUAAUCUCUGUCCGAGUUUUCUACAAGAAGUGUUCCACGACCAUCGCCAAUUUCGCCGUCUUCCCAGAGACGGCCACAGGAGCCGAGGCCACGUCACUAGUCAUUGCCCCCGGCACUUGCGUGCCGAAUGCUCUGGAGGUGUCUGUACCUCUUAAACUCUACUGCAAUGGAGAUGGAGAGUGGAUGGUUCCUGUAGGUUCCUGUACUUGCAUGGCUGGGUUCGAGCCUGCAGUUAAGGAGACACAGUGUCAAGCUUGCAGUCCAGGCACCUUCAAGUCCAAGCAGGGUGAAGGGUUUUGCUCCCCAUGUCCGCCCAACAGUCGAACGAGUUCUGGAGCCGCCAGCAUCUGUUCCUGUAGGACAGGCUACUAUCGGGCAGACAGUGACUCACCUGACUCAGGAUGCACCACUGUGCCCUCAUCUCCACGCAGCGUCAUCUCCAGCGUAAACGAGACAUCGCUUGUACUUGAGUGGAGCGAUCCACGUGACCAAGGCGGAAGGGAGGACCUUCUCUACAACGUCAUCUGUAAGAAAUGCCUGCCCGAACGUGGUACCUGCACACGGUGUGAUGACAAUGUGGACAUCUCUCCCCGCCACCUUGGGCUUACUGAGAGACACGUGACGGUCAGAAACCUUCAGGCUCACACCCAGUACAGCUUUGAGAUUCAGGCCGUCAAUGGAGUCUCCAACAAGAGUCCCUACGCGCCCCACUUUGCCUCUGUUAACAUCACCACCAACCAAGCUGCUCCCUCUGCAGUUCCCACUGUCCACCUGAUGGGGGCCUCAGCCAACACCAUGAGUCUUUCCUGGCUCCCUCCUGAAAAACCAAAUGGCAUCAUCUUGGAUUACGAGAUUAAAUACCAUGAGAAGGACCAGGGAGAAGCUAUUGCCCACACCAUGACAGCCCAGCGUAGCUCUGCACGCAUCGAGGGUUUGAAGCCAGGGACGCCGUAUGUGGUGCAGGUUCGAGCCCGAACGGUGGCAGGGUAUGGCCGCUAUAGCAGCCCUACCGACUUCAGCACCAACCACCAGGCUGAUCCAGACAAGACUCUGCAGGAGCAGCUGCCCCUCAUUGUGGGCUCUCUAACGGCAGGGCUGGUCUUCAUCAUUGUUGUUGUGGUUAUUGCCAUUGUCUGCCUCAGGAAGCAACGUAAUGGCUCAGAAUCAGAAUACACAGAAAAACUGCAACAAUAUAAAUCCCCUAUAGUCACUCCGGGGAUGAAGGUCUACAUUGACCCAUUCACCUACGAGGACCCAAAUGAGGCCAUCCGCGAGUUUGCCAAAGAGAUUGACGUUUCCUGUGUGAAAAUCGAGGAGGUCAUUGGCGCAGGUAACCAACAAAAGCUCCUGAGCAACAGGGGGAAGACAGCUAGGCACACCCAGGCCAUACCUUUAGAGGACUUCACUCCAAGCGGAGAGUUUGGAGAGGUGUGUCGCGGCCGUCUGAAGCUCCCUGGAAGGCGUGAGAUCAUUGUAGCCAUCAAGACUCUGAAGGCAGGUUACACAGAGCGCCAAAGAAGAGACUUCCUGAGUGAGGCCAGCAUCAUGGGUCAGUUCGAUCAUCCCAAUAUUAUCCGCCUGGAAGGGGUGGUCACAAAGAGUCGGCCAGUCAUGAUCGUCACGGAGUUCAUGGAGAACGGAGCGCUGGAUUCCUUUCUCCGGCUAAAUGAUGGACAGUUCACAGUCAUCCAGCUCGUCGGUAUGUUGAGAGGGAUUGCAGCUGGCAUGAAAUAUCUAUCCGAUAUGAACUAUGUGCACCGUGAUCUGGCCGCUCGCAACAUCCUAGUCAACAGCAACUUGGUCUGUAAGGUGUCCGAUUUUGGUCUUUCUCGUUUCUUGGAGGAUGAUGCCACUGACCCCACCUACACAAGCUCAUUGGGUGGAAAGAUCCCUAUUCGCUGGACAGCCCCAGAGGCUAUUGCUUAUAGGAAGUUCACCUCAGCCAGUGAUGUCUGGAGCUACGGCAUUGUGAUGUGGGAGGUGAUGUCAUAUGGCGAGCGCCCAUACUGGGACAUGAGCAACCAAGAUGUGAUCAACGCAGUCGAGCAGGACUACCGACUGCCCCCACCCAUGGACUGCCCUACUGCCUUGCAUCAACUUAUGCUAGACUGCUGGGUGAAAGAAAGAAACUUGAGACCUAAGUUCUCCCAGAUCGUCAACACCCUGGACAAACUUAUUCGCAAUGCCGCCAGCCUUAAGGUGGUCACCAGCACACAUUCUGGGGCCUCCCAGCCGCUCCUCGACCGCUGUGUGCCUGACUACACCACCUUCACCACUGUGGGCGACUGGCUGGAUGCCAUCAAGAUGAGCCGCUACCGAGACAACUUUCUCAAUGCUGGCUUUGCUUCUUUUGACUUGGUGGCCCAAAUGACUGCAGAAGAUCUGUUACGGAUAGGUGUGACAUUAGCUGGGCACCAAAAGAAGAUUCUCGGCAGCAUUCAAGACAUGAGACUGCAAAUGAACCAAACGCUGCCCGUCCAGGUCUGAAAAGGGGGUGGAACUGUUCUACAGAGAGCUAACAGACGACCCUAGAUGCCUGAUCAUCUCCACUAAUCAGAUGAAACUGGCUUGCAGUGCCUCGGACAACUUUUUCUUUUCCAUUUUCCCCGUUUUCCUGUAACGACUGCAUUAUUUUACACCCGACAGGAUUAGAUAAGAUUAUUUUGUACUUAUUUUUAAGAACGGAGAGGAAAGCCCAUAUCCCAACGCCUGCCUUGCGAGGCUCCGGUAUUGGAUUGGCGAUUGCAUGCGUGCGUGUGAUACUUUCUUUUGCGCGGCUGGCUGGGAUUCGCCCAAUCUCUAAAGCCUCCCAUAAUGCAUUUCUCCCUGAAACUGACUCUGAGGGACAGACUCUCCUGGAAGGACGGACAUUGCUUAUGGAAGAGAAACUCUAAUAGUACGCAUAACUUGAAUAUAAA